AUGACUGGGCAUCACACAAGUAACGAAAACAAAGGAAACCAUCAAAUAAGUUCGAUACAACAGAGAACAUCUCUGGACGGUAAACACUUCCUGCGAAAAUGUAGCAAAGCAAGACCACAAUACAAACAACUCAAGAUGCCGACGGCAACCAGAGCAGGCGUGUAUGAUAGCGAAGAAGGGAGUGAUGGCACGGAUGGUGCAAGUGCCAGCCCGAUGGGGGGGACAAGCCCAGGCAGUGGCUCCGGCCAGCCUACACCGGUUGGGGUACCCAUACUAACUUCAGCAAUGCGUCAAGAAAUAGACAAAAGUAUUUGCCAAAGCAACCAGGCCCUGGCUAGUAGGAUUGUUUUCAAAUUGGAACAAUCAACAUCAGUGCCUAUACCGACUCUACAUAAGAUGAGAGUAAGCAUUCAUGACCAACAGCCAGAACGGUGUAUGCCACUCGUGGAUGCGGAGCUCAGACGACGGUAUGAUUUAGCUAUCAAUGAGUGUGGAGACGAUGAUGAUGAUGAACUCUUUCAAAUAAGUCAAUACAUUAGUGAGUUUGAGCUCAUGCGUUCACGCUUAGGCGACCAGAUAAAAGAACCACCUCUCUCAAAACUACUAAAGACUUCAGAAUUUCCUAAGCUCCCUAAAGAUAGUUAA